AUGCCCGGCUCCAGACUCCGCGAUAUCAGCGGAUAUCUGAUCCUGCUAAUCGCCAUCACAACUCUGGGAUCACUCCAGUUCGGUUUCCACUUGGCCGAACUCAACGCUCCUCAAGAUGUCAUUACGUGCCGCAAGAAAUCGAUUUCCGCCCUCGAUAAGAUCAAGGGAAUGAUCCAUAAGAAGCCGGUCGAGGAUCAUGGCUUUAUGGCUCAUUGUAUUCCCAUGGACGAAGCUCAGUUCGCUACUAUAUCUUCUAUAUUCACUUUGGGAGGACUACUGGGAGCUUUGACGUCGGGACCUUUCUCGUCUAAGCGCGGUCGCCUUCCUGCGAUGCGCAUUACCGGUCUUUUGUACCUCUUUGGAGCUGCUAUUGAGACCAUUGCUGGAAGCGUCUUUGUUAUGGCGCUCGGUCGCCUUUUCUCCGGUAUUGGAGCUGGAGCUUCGACUGUCGUGGUUCCUCUGUACAUCAGCGAAAUCGCGCCACCAAAUGAACGAGGACUAUUCGGAUUCAUGACACAGAUUUCCAUCAACGUCGGUAUUCUGGGAGUCCAGACACUAGGAUACUUCCUGAGCUACGGAACCGCUUGGCGAUGGAUCCUUGGGUCAGGUGUAUUUGUUGCGACAGCCCAGACACUCGGUCUGUUUGUUGUACCAGAGAGUCCCUCAUGGUUGGCUGCCAAUGGAAACGCAAACAAGGCCAAACGAACUCUACAGAGAAUCCGCGGCAAUGGCUACGACAUUAACGAGGAGACCGAGUCCUGGAACACUGACGGAGAUGCCACCGAGGAAGAUGGACUUCUUCAGCCUGAUAGUGUCUCUGAAUUGUCGACUAAGAACCGCGUGGAGCAUCUUGGGUUCUUCCAGGUUCUCAAGGACCCUGAUACCAGACCUGCCAUCAUCGCUGUUGUGGGAAUCAUGUUUGUCCAGCAACUUUGCGGAGUCAACUCGAUCAUCAUGUACUCCGUUUCUCUCCUCGCUGACCUACUUCCCAUAUCUUCAGCUCUUCUCACCAUUCUUAUUUCCGUGGUCAACCUUGUCACCACUGUCGCGUGCGCUCCUCUCCCCGAUCGUCUGGGUCGCAAGACCUGCUUGCUUGCGUCUAUUGUCGGCCAAGGAACUAGCGCCUUCGUUCUGGCUUUGUCGAUUGUAUUCGGAGCCAAGAUUGUCUCAGCUAUUGCCGUUGUGGCUUUCGUCGGUUUCUUCGCUGUCGGUCUUGGCCCAGUACCAUUCCUGCUCGCCUCUGAGCUAGUCGGACAGGAAGCUGUCGGCGCUACUCAGAGUUGGUGCCUCGCAGCAAACUACGUAGCGACAUUCCUUGUCGCUCAAUUUUUCCCUAUCAUCAACACAGCCCUUAACAAUGUGCUGGGUGGUCACGGCGGAUGGGUAUACUUUAUCUUUGCUGCCCUCGCGGCCGGAUCGUUCAUCUUUGUGUUCUGGAAGGUCCCAGAGACAAAGGGUAAGAAGGACGUCGACGAGGUUUGGGGCAGGACAAGGCGCGUUGACUAG